AUGGGAUUCGCAAUUUUCGAGUUCGGUGUGUCGUUGCGCGUCAUGUCAGCAUCCUCGCAGCUCCCCUUGGUUGGCGGCUCCCUGCGCGCCAGCAUCGAGGCGCUGUUGCCGAGGCCGCUGCGGAAGUUCAGAGCCGAUGGCACGCCGGUGUAUUUUGCGGAUUGUCUGAACGAGCCGGCGGAAGCCGAGGCCAUGGACGCUGCCGAGGAGCGGCUCGGCUUCCCCCUGGCGCCCGCGCUGCGCCAGCUGUUCUCCUACGCCGACGGCCAGCAGGCCGGCUCGCCCCCAUUGCUCGUGGUGCCCAGCAACCGCCACGUCACGUUCCUCUCGCUGCGCCAGGCCCGGGAUCUGGCACUGUACUGGCAGGAGCAGGCCCGGCACCCGCUUCAGGCGAAGUACUGGCAGGGGUACAACCGCCUGUGGGUGCCGAUCGGCUGGGCAUCGAAGUUCCAUGUGAGCCACCCUGCCGUCAGCCGUGCAGCUGGUGCCAGCCUCCUGGGCGACUGA